AUGACGACACUGGUACUAUAUUUUGCAGAUGAUCAUUUAUACAUAAAUUGUGGUGGUGAGCAAGUAUCAAUCAAUGAUAAUAAUUAUGAAGCAGAUUUGCAACCAGAUGGGGGAUCAACAUUUUUUCUAAGUGGCAAUAAAAGUUGGGCUUAUAGUAGUAUGGGAAUAUUCUCGGGAGCAGACCGCAACAACUACAUAGUACAAAAAACAUGCAAUAUCUCCAUGGUUGAUGCACCUUUAUAUAAGACAGCACGCGUUUCUCCAAUAUCCUUGAAGUACUAUGGAUUUUGUCUGAAAAAUGACGUAUACAUAGUGAAACUUCACUUUGCUGAAAUAGCAUGGGAAGUAAUGAAAAAUACGUCCAGCAAGGGGAAGCGAGCCUUUGAUGUGGAAAUACAGGGUGAGAAGAAAUUGAGCAAUUUCAAUAUAGAAGCAGAAGCAGAGGGUUUGAAUAAGGAUAAAACCAUGGAGUAUAAUGUUUCUGUGAAUGACAACCGACUGGAGAUUCACUUAUAUUGGACUGGCAAAGGCUCAAUAAGUGACACAAUAAAAUAUUAUGGUCCACUUAUAUCUGCUAUAUCCGUUUCCCCUGUUCCAAGAAACAAAGCUUCUAGCAGGCUAUCUGUUGUGCAUAUUGUUGGGAUUGUAGGAUCUUUUUUGCUCUUCUUUAUAUUCAUUUUAGGUGUUUUAUGGAAGUUGGGCUGCUUUGGUGUCAAAAAAUUGCAUGAUGAAGAACUUAGCAGAAUAGAGUUGUUUCCUGGAGGGGUUUUCAAUUUCCGUCAAAUAAAAGCUGCCACACAGAAUUUUAGCACUGCUAACAAGCUAGGUGAAGGAGGUUUUGGAACUGUCUAUAAGGGCAUACUUCCCAAGGGACCUAUCAUAGCAGUUAAACAACUUUCAACAAGAUCAAAGCAAGGAAUCCGCGAGUUUGUUAAUGAAAUUAGUACUAUUUCAGCUCUGCAACAUCCACAUCUAGUGAGACUAAUGGGAUGUUGUGCAGAAGACAACCAACUCCUACUUGUCUACGAGUACAUGGAAAAUAAUUCCCUUGCACAUGCAUUAUUUGGUGCAGAGGAACUCAAAUUAGAACUAAAUUGGCCAACUAGGGUCAAAAUUUGCCUAGGUAUAGCAAAAGGUCUGGCUUUUCUCCAUGAAGAAUCAAAAUUGAAAAUUGUCCAUAGAGAUAUUAAGCCAACAAACAUUCUGCUAGACGAGCAUUUCAAUGCAAAGAUAUCUGAUUUUGGAUUUGCUAAGCUUUAUGAAGAGGAAAAGACACACGUCAUCACCCGAAUAGCUGGAACAACGCCUUUUGCAGGGGAUAUAUGGCACCUGAGUAUGCCAUGCGAGGUUACUUAACAGAUAAAGCAGAUGUUUAUAGCUUUGGAGUUGUGACUCUCGAAAUUAUCAGUGGGAAGAACAAUGCCACCUCUAGGCCAAAUGAUCAGAGUGUCUACCUUCUAGAUUUGGUGAGCCAAAUGCAAAUCCACACUCUAUUAACUUUGUUUGUGAGUGUUUAUAUGCUCGUGUGUCCAUGCUUGAAAAAGAAAAUCAUCAUGACGAAAAAAAAAUUUGUUGAUGCAUUGUCUAUAUAUAAAAAGCCUUCUCACUAGAUUACUA